AUGGGCCUCUCCUCGAAACGACUCCUCAAACUCCUCAAAGCACAAAAAGACCCUCAAUCCGCACUGGCCCUGUUCGACUCAGAGGUUCGCCACCCUUCUUACAAACCCUCAUCGGACGUGUACCACCACAUCCUCCGCCGACUCGUGCACCCGAAACUCGUUGGGCACGUCGGCCGAAUCGUUUGUCUUAUCAAAACCCGGAAAUGCAAAUGCCCCGAAGAUGUGGCUGUAACGGUUAUGCAAGCUUAUGCGAAGAACUUGAUGCCUGAUAAAGCACUAGAUAUAUUUCAAAACAUGGGUGAACUUUUUGGAUGUAAACCUGGUAUAAGGUCGUAUAAUACUCUGUUAAAUGCUUAUGUUGAGUCGAGACAGUGGGACCGGGCUGAGUCUUUACUUGGGUAUCUUGAGACUGUAGGAAUUUUGCCAAAUUUACAAACUUAUAAUAUUUUGAUCAAGAUUUCGUGUAAAAGGAAGCAGUUUAAGAAGGCGAAGGCAUUGUUGAAUUGGUUGUGGAAAAAGGGCUUUAAGCCUGAUGUGUUUAGUUACAGUACUGUGAUUAGUGAGUUAGGAAAAAGUGGGGAUCUAGUGGGUGCGUUGCAGGUGUUUGAUGAAAUGUUUUUUAGAGGAGUGGAGCCUGAUGUGGUGUGUCAUAAUAUUUUGAUUGAUGGGUUUUUCAAAAAAGGGGAUUAUGUGAAGGCAAAGGAGAUCUGGGAGAGAUUGUCGACAGAGUCCUUGGCUUAUCCAAAUGUGGUUACUUAUAAUAUAAUGAUUAAUGGUUUGUGUAAAUGUGGAAGAUUUGAUGAGUGUUUGGAGAUAUGGGAUAGGAUGCAGAAGAAUGCAAGAGAGAAGGAUUUGUUUACUUAUAGUAGUUUUAUUAAUGGAUUGUGUAAGGCUGGGAAUGUUGAUGGAGCUGAAAAGGUUUAUAGAGAGAUGGUUGAGAAUGGGAUUCUAGCGGAUGCGGUCACUUUUAAUGCAAUGCUCAAUGGAUUUUGUACUGUAGGGAAGAUUAAAGAAUGUUUUGAGUUGUGGGAGCUGAUGGGGAAGAAAGGUUGUCGUAAUGUUGUGAGUUAUAAUAUAUUUAUUCGAGGGUUAUUAAAAAAUGGCUGCGUCGAUGAAGCAAUUUUGAUUUGGGAGCUCAUGCUAGAGAAGGAUUGCGAAGCUGAUUCCACGACUUAUGGAGUUUUGAUUCACGGAUUAUGUAAGAAUGGUUACUUGAAUAAGGCUUUACGGAUACUAAUAGUGGCAGAAGAUGGAGGAGGUGAUUUGGAUGCAUUUGCAUAUACCUCCAUGAUUGAUGGGUUAUGCAAAGAAGGGAGAUUAGAUGAUGCGGUCAGUUUAGUCAAUCGAAUGGAUAAGCGUGGCUGUAAAUUGAAUGUUCAUGCUUACAACACACUGAUGAAUGGAUUUAUUCGGGCUUCAAGGCUUGAGGAAGCAAUUUGUUUUUUUAGGAAAAUGGAAGAUAAGGGCUUUUCUCGAACUAUUGUUUCAUAUAACACUCUCAUCAGUGGUUUAUGCAAGGUGGAAAGGUUUAGCGAAGCAUACUCUUUUUUGAAAGAUAUGUUAGAGAAAGGGAGGAAACCGGACAUGGUCACUUAUAGCUUGUUGAUGGAUGGUCUCUGCCGAAGCAAGAACAUUGACAUGGCUGUCAACUUGUGGCGCCGAGUUCUUGAACAGGGUUUUAGGCCUGAUGUAACCAUGUACAACAUUUUAAUUCAUGGGCUUUGCUCUGCAGGCAAAGUUGAAGAUGCUUUGCAGCUUUAUUCAAAUAUGAAGAGGAGCAACUGUGUUCCAAAUCUUGUGACUCACAACACUGUCAUGGAGGGGCUUUAUAAGACUAGAGAUUCUGAAAAGGCAUUGGAAUAUCAGAUGCUAUUAGGUUCUUGGAUGACGCCUUGGACCGUGGAAUUCUUCCUACUGCCAUUACAUGGUACAUACUUGUCAGAGCAGUGA